AUUUUAGUUAACGAAACGAACGAAACACAGCAGUGGCGACGCGCUAAGAAAUUCAGGAAAUACUCGAACAAAUAAAAGAAGGAAAAAAAACCCAAAGCCCCAAAACGAAAGGCGGAAUUGUUGUUGCUUGUAUUUUCCAUUGCCUAGCGUGUGUGCCCCGCGAACCAAAAAAUAUUGUUAAUAAUAAUUACAAAACGAAGCAACGAAAAUCAAUGCCCAAGUAAUUUUAACUUGUGCAUUAACGAACCUUAACGAACUCUCCUUUGUUAUCAGUAUUGUGCGGGGAGGUAGAAACCAGAAAAGCCCACAUAUAAAAUCGAAACGAAAAGCGUAAUAGAAAAGUUUGUACAAUUUGUAAGAGCGGGAAAACGUGAAAUAAAUCAAUACACAAAUAAAAUAUAAAAAAAUAAAAUCUGUGUCCAUCGAGUAUAUAAAUUUACUGUUCCACAAUUGUUGGUGCCUUGUGCUUGUGCUUGUGCUAGUGUCGUAUCUGAUAAGCCCGCACUCAUCCCCAGGCCAGGCUGAUUAUUCUGCUGUAUGCUAGAGUAGAAGUAUAUGCACAUAUGUGUGUCUGUGCUUUAUCAAAACGUAGGCGUAUACGUAAUAUGAAAUUCAAUUGAAUUUUGCACAUUUUUCCAAGAAGUUUUUCGCCCACAACACACAGCUCUUGCCCGUCACUAAAAGGUUGUCAACAGCAGCAGCAGCACUACGACGCGUGUGGAGAAGAAAUCGCAGCGUCUGCAUCAUCACAUAACCUCCUCAUCCUCCAGCUCAUCCUCGACCACACAGGCACUGUCCACAUCCUCGGAGAUGAAGGCGGCGGCGGUCAAGCGAGAUCUCAAAAACAUACAAAAGUCCAUGUCGGAAAUUAACGAUUUGGCGAACAGCGCAACAGCCACGCCCACAUCAGCCAUAAUGCCAACAGCACGUCUGACGGCAGGCACACUCAAAUCGCCCCAUCCAUCGAUCGAUGAUCUCAGGGGUCUGAGCCAACAAGACAAGAUCACAGUGCUCAAGAACCAACUUCGCGCCUCUUGGGAGAACAUCGUGGACAACGAUGACGAUGACAGCAAUGUGAUCGUGACCCUGCCCGACGACGACGACUGCCCGCACAAUCAUUUUGGCAGCGGCCUGGACCUCACACAUCCCACGGCAGCGCAGCUGAGUGCCAGCAGCGGGCUGAGUGGCUCCAACAAGACGAUCGACACGAUCAAGUUCCAGGAGAAGCGCAUGAAAACCGAGUCCAAGACGAAGGUCGUCACCGAUGGCUACAGCUCCGAGCAGGCCACCAGCAAUUCGGCAGAGUCGAAGCGACUCCAGGCCGGGGAUAUAGACUACAAAGAGAACAAGGCUGCGUCGGCGAUGAGGAAUCGACUGGAGGUGGAUGGCAUUAAAACGGAGGAGAAUGCAGCUGUCAUUAAGGAGGCCCUGUCGCUGCGCACCGGCGACAUCACACAACAGGCGAGCAACAAUGUGGCCGCCGCCAGUAUUAAGGUGCAGAGCGACACCUUCUCCGCGGACAAGAAGGCGAUCUCGCAGUCACAGCAAUCACAGACCAUGACUUCGAAUGGGAUCAUCAGUCAGGAGAAGCACGUGUCCUCGGCCUCGCAGGCCAACUACUCGAUGACCCACAAGGGCGUAUCCAGCUCCGGCAGCAGCAUGAUCACCUCCUCCUCCCAGAUGUCCGCAAUGAAUGGCCAAAUGAUGAAACUGGCGGACCUCAAGCUGGACGACCUCAAGUCCCUGACGUCGGGCAGUGGCCAGCAGGAGAUCGAACAGACCAUCAACAAGUAUUCGAAUGUCCUCACCUCCUUCGUCAGUUCGCUGCAGGACGAUGAGAGCGGAAGUGGCAGUGGAAGUGGGAGCAACGGGCACGCUCAGCCACUGAAUGUGGGCAAGGAGAAGACAGAAUAUCUGGAGAAGAUCAACGAAGUGAUCCGCAGGGCCUGGGCUGUGCCCACCCACGGCCACGAGCUGGGCUACUCCCUGUGCAAUUCGCUGCGCCAGAGCGGCGGCCUCGAUCUGCUCAUGAAGAACUGCGUCCACAAAGACCUCACGCUGCAGUUCUCCUCCGCGCAGCUUCUGGAGCAGUGCCUCACCACGGAGAACCGCAAGCAUGUGGUAGACAAUGGCCUGGACAAGGUCGUCAAUGUGGCCUGCGUGUGUACCAAGAAGUCCAACAUGGAGCACUCGCGCGUCGGCACGGGCAUCCUGGAGCAUCUGUUCAAGCACUCGGAGGGCACCUGUUCGGAUGUGAUUCGGCUGGGAGGCCUCGAUGCUGUGCUCUUCGAGUGUCGCACCAGCGACGUGGAGACGCUGCGGCACUGUGCCAGCGCGUUGGCCAAUCUGUCGCUGUAUGGCGGGGCGGAGAACCAGGAGGAGAUGAUACUGCGCAAGGUGCCCAUGUGGCUGUUCCCGCUGGCCUUCCACAACGACGACAACAUCAAGUACUACGCGUGCCUGGCCAUUGCCGUGCUGGUGGCCAACAAGGAGAUCGAGGCGGAGGUGCUGAAGUCCGGCUGUCUCGAUCUGGUGGAACCCUUCGUGACGAGCCACGAUCCUUCGGCAUUUGCCCGCUCGAACCUGGCGCAUGCGCACGGCCAGAGCAAGCACUGGCUGAAGCGUCUGGUGCCGGUGCUCAGCUCGAAUCGCGAGGAGGCCCGCAACCUGGCCGCCUUCCACUUCUGCAUGGAGGCGGGCAUCAAGCGGGAGCAGGGCAACACCGACAUCUUCCGCGAAAUCAACGCCAUCGAGGCACUGAAGACGGUGGCCAGCUGCCCGAAUGCCAUCGCCUCGAAGUUUGCCGCGCAGGCGCUGAGGCUCAUCGGGGAGACGGUGCCGCACAAGCUGUCGCAGCAGGUGCCCCUGUGGUCCGUCGAGGAUGUGCAGGAGUGGGUUAAGCAGAUCGGGUUCAAUGGCUACAUCGACCGGUUCGAGGAGUCCCAGGUGGACGGCGAUCUGCUGCUGAAGCUCAACCAGGACAACCUGCGCGACGACAUUGGCAUCGGCAAUGGCAUCCUGCUGCGGCGCUUCGAGCGCGAACUGCAAAAUCUCAAGCGCAUGGCCGACUACUCAUCCAAGGACACGGCCAAGAUGCACCAGUUUCUCUCGGAGAUCGGCACCGACUACUGCACCUACACAUACGCCAUGCUGAACGCGGGCAUCGACAAGUGCGCCCUGCCGCACGUCAACGAGGACAUGCUGAUGACAGAGUGCGGCAUCCACAACUCCAUUCAUCGUCUGCGCAUCCUGAAUGCCGUCAAGAAUCUGGAGAACUCCCUGCCCAGCUCCUCCGAGGAGAACAUGGCCAAGACGCUGGACGUGUUUGUCAGCUACAGACGUUCCAAUGGCUCACAGUUGGCCAGCUUACUGAAGGUUCAUCUUCAGCUGCGUGGCUUCUCGGUGUUCAUCGAUGUGGAACGCUUGGAGGCGGGCAAGUUCGACAAUGGACUCCUGAACAGUAUUCGGCAGGCAAAGAAUUUUGUUUUAGUAUUAACACCCGAUGCCCUGCAUCGCUGCAUUGCCGACGAGGACUGCAAGGAUUGGGUGCAUCGCGAAAUUGUGGCUGCUUUGCAAUCGAACUGCAAUAUAAUACCCAUUAUGGAUCAGCACUUUGAUUGGCCGGAGGUGGAGAGGCUUCCGGAGGAUAUGCGCAGCGUGGCGCACUUUAACGGCGUCAACUGGAUCCAUGACUACCAGGACGCGUGCAUAGACAAGCUCGAAAGAUUUUUGCGCGGCGAAAAGAAUAUCGAUCGCAUUGCGGCCAUGGUGCCUGGGACGCCCGAAGCGGUGUCGUACCGACGAAUGCACAGCAACGAUUCCGACUACCAGAGUGGAGGAGUGGGCGGUGGAGCAUCAUCCGGCGGUGGAGGAGGCAUCGGAGGCGGCGGUGGUGUUGGCGGCGGCGGCGGCGGCACAGCGGGCAGUGUGGUGGAUGGCCUGAUGGCGGCCAAUGGCAGCGGACAAGCUAAUCACCAGGCAAAUAGAUACCGGCAAUCCCCCUCACCGGCCCGCCAACGGGGCAGCACCUCACAGCUGAGCGGCUACGCCCGGCACGGAAAACGCUCCAACAUUCUGCCACCGUAUCGCACCCAGCAGGCGGCAUUGCUGCACAAGUCCGGAGCAGGAUCGGCCUCCAUGCAGAACAUGAUGCCGCUGGCAUAUCUGCCGCCGCGCCGCAGCUCGGCCGCUGGUCUGGGACACAGCGCGGCUGGCAUGGGCAGUGGCUAUCGGUCGCACAGCGUGGACGGGCUGCUGGACCAGGCAUCGGCCAGCCAGAGCAGUCUGGCCACGCCCGAGCAGAGGAUUGCGGCUGCGGCGGCCAUGGUGACGGCCGGCAGCACGGCAUUGACGAAUGCCAGCUCCACGUGCACCCUGCAGCCGGAGGAGUACGAGGAGCCAGCGGACACGGACACCUGCGACCAUGUGACGAGGCGAGAGAAGCGACUGGCGCCACCGGCGAAUGUGCAGAGCCAUCGCAAGUCGCGCAGCUUGGAUCACAUCCUGUCGAAGCAGACGCUGGCCGAGCUGCUGCCGCCGAGCAUUGAGCCCACGGACGAGACGCAGAGUAUGCAGAAUCUGGCCAUGCCAAUGACGCCGCAGCCACAGCGACGCGAUCAGAGCUCCUCCUCGAAAUCGCCGACGCCAGAGCGACCACCGCAGCCGCACUACAGUCGCCAGAGUCCCGAGGGCGUCAGCUCGACGGAGAGCGAGCGUGAGGAUGGGCAGUCGCUGAAGGUGCACAGCCAGGGGCAUGGGAACCAGCAGCGGGCAGCGGCGCAUGUGCAUCGGGGCGGGAGCCUGAACAGCAACAAGACGUCGAACUCGUCGCUGGGCUCCAACAACAGUGCCAGCAACAACAAGACCAUCUUUAAUCGUACGAUGAAGAAGGUUCGCUCGCUGAUCAAAAACAACGAACUGGAGGACGAGGAGCUGUCGGGCAUCAUUCUGGCCAAGGCCACUUCCCCAAAUGCUGGCCGCAUGAUAUUCUGGUAGCACACACACUCAACGAAUUUCACCAAGACGAUACUGUACAUAAAACGAUUUAAAGAAUAAUAAAACGAACAUUUUAACGAUACA